AUGACUGUGCCUCCUUUCAAUGCGGUGAGUUCUCUGAAAAUUGAAAAUUUAGUUUGGCUCAUUUUUUCUGGAUUUUUUUUUAAAGGAACAUUAUAGCAGGGUCCUAUCUAGCGCCCCCGGAAGCUCAAAAAUAUUUCUUUCAAAAAAAGAACUUUUUUUAUACUGAACGGAAAAAUAUUUAGAUUGAGGAACGCUCAGAAGAAGAAGAACAAAACGUCGCGUUGCCGGAACUGCAAGGUGGACAGAACUACGACCCCGUCAGUCUAUUUUUCUCAAUUCAAUGAAAUAACCUUCAGAGAAAUGAAUUGAUUGAUCUAACUACGAAAAAUUCUUUUAGGAUUCGCUUUUCCGCGCUGAAAAGCUCAUUCUGGACCAUUCUGACUUGUCUGCGCUCUCUCUUUCUCUCAAGAACGUUCUCUGAGAAAGGCGCAUACAGUUUUUCCAUGUGAAAUUGUGUAGAGACGAAUUUAACUUUAUUUCUUUCGCUUAAAUCAAUCAGAUCUCUAUGCACUUUCUCGUUCUUUCUCACUGCCUGUGACUGAGAGAGAAGAGAGCGCAGACAGUUAGACAGUUACAAGUGGAAGCCAAUAGAUCAAGUGAAGCUCAGCUUUUCUAUUCUAUUACUCACCAUGACUGGAAAAUCACUUGAUAAAAAUAAAGAGCAGACACAAUCCCAAGCGGUGUCAAAAUGAUGAAACUUUCAGCUUCCCAGACUUCUUCAUUUGGGGGCCCAACAACGUAGGAGCGGAUUCGUAGCCAUUAGGGACACCUCUUUCGGGGCCGCAUGGCAGAUAGAGCUCGACGAGCUGCCUCGUACAAUCCGGCGCAGAGGAGUGGGUUUUUUUGUGUUUCAUAUGAUCAAGUGGCCUGAACUUGAAAACCAGCCAUUGGAAGUUGCAACAGACCUGAAACGAGUUGAGCGCGAUACAAAUCCUUGAUUUUACCUGAGUGGAGUUUCGCAACAAGUGACUCCUGGCAAUAUAUCGCCUUUUGAAUCGAGGAUAAUUGACUUAUGCUCACUUCGUUCCCACUUGAAAGCACUCUUUCUAAGUUGCAACCGACCCAAACGAGUUUCGCGCGAUUCAAACUACCUAGCCUUUCUCCGAGAGUUCCAAGUCAAAGUAUACCAAACUCCUGUUCAGAAUCCACAUUUCAAUGCUGCCGCUCUCGAAAUCUACCAUUUUAAUUUGGAACUGGCGAUCACCCUUGAGAGAAUGUUGAGACGCGCAAUCGAGGUUGGUUUUGAUUUUCUAGAGGAAAAAAAAACCUUUUCUAGCGAGUAAAACGUUCGGAUUUUCAUUGAAAAAUCUUCAGAAUCAUUUCUUCCGCCAUGAAGGGCGUCCCCGCGGCCAGAUUCUUCCUCGAUUCCUCGUUCCAGUGCCGCGAAACGUCCACGGCCAUCAGGAAAAUCAGCCUGAAAACGGCUACCCUCAGGUAUCGUCACCUUGAAAAGUGAUCGGAGGAUUUAAGCUUUUUCGUAAAACCUUAAAAAUUUCAAGUAAGAGCUUUAAAAAUUCUGUCUCGAGGAGAUGUUUUUUUAACUUUAGGGGCGUUAGAGUCAAAUUUGAAAACCAAAAAAAUCUCUGUGAUUUUUUUAAUAAUAAUCUACGAAAUUAUUAAGUUAGGCACUGAAAAAAAUUAAGAAAACCGAUAAGUCGAAACUUGAAUCGAUAACCCCCUCCUCGCUAGUCGCUAAAAUUCCACCUAAAGAUUCUCUGAAAUUCCAGAUUUUCGUUAGAUUAGUUAUCUUGCGUCAAUAAUUCAUUUUGCUUUUUUUAAAAAUUCACCUGAAAAAAACGGCUCAAAACCGUUUAGCCUGGGGAAAAAGCUAAAUCAAGGUCAAAUAGCUUUUCAUAGAGUUCAGUCAUAAAUUUUUCGCCUAAAAAAAGCCAAAUAGUGAGAACUUUUCAAUAGAUAUGAAAUUUUAACCCUUUAAAAAAAGUUAACCUAAACCUGUACCAAGCUCAUCGUCACUUCUGUCAUUUUUUUUUUGUCAGAAAUAAUCAAAAAAUUUUGACAUUCAAAGGAGCUUAUAUAUUGCUACGAAAGAGAUUAUGACGCUUUUAUCAGCGUUUUUGUUCUCCUGUAAUGAAGGUGGUUUCACUUUGGGUUUUGGUCUUUUUUGGAAAGUUCUUUUGUUGUAUUGGAUGGAAAUUUGAAAGUCUCAACCUAGAAACUUCUUGAGAAUGGACACCUCAAUCGAAGAAAGAUAUCAGAACCUCAUAAAACGGUAAUUACAUUUCAUUUCGAAACUGAAAACUAUGAAUUCAAAGUUUGGAAGCAAUAUAUACAUUUUCAGGUCGUUCCCAACAUCCAAGAACCUGACCACAAUAACAACGGACCUAAUAAUGAGUAUCGCAGAGAGUGA